UAAAGCAUAUAGAGGGAAAUACUAAAUCAGACUACUAAAGCCUUGGAGCUGCGUUGGACUUAAUGCAACCUUUGAGAUACACGUCUUCAUAAUAAGCCCAGAGAUAUUUUCCACAGUGUGUGAGAGAUGAUUGAUGACUAGUGUUGGAGUCGUGGGAAAGGAGAGGCAGAUCUUAGUAUGACAAUAUAGAGAGGAGUUGACCUGCUUGUGAUUGAGGAUGUUAUGGAUAAUGAUGCUGUUGUAUCAAGGGUCACUAAUGUGGAAAUGAGCUCCUGUUCCACUUGUAGACUCACAAGGUCUGUGCAACAGAGAAAGUGUAUGCUGAGAAUGGAGUUUGCUAGCAGGAUGACUGCAGGGCAGGACUGCCUUCACCAAAUUGUCAACAAACCACUGCAUCGUGACCUGCUGAAAGGGGACAGUGCACCUACAGACCCUAACAACAGGCAAGGGCAGUGCCAGGACAGGGAGGGGCAAACCGAGAUGCCCCUCAUCUCCCUAGACAACCUGAACAACAAGCUGGAGGUCCCAAGCAUAACUAUGCAGGCUGAGAGGAACACCUUGGCUGGGGGAAGAACACUCUCCAAACCUCCCCAUGCCACCAUCAAAGACAAGAUCUCAAAGUGGGAAGGAAAGGAGUCUUCCCCAUUCCCAACAUUAACAACAGCUACAACUACGCCCACACAGAGUAUUGUGGAAAGAACUGACUCCUUAAUUAAGAGUGAUUCCAAACCCACCAUGGAGGACUGCAAAAGACCAACCAGCAGGGAGAAGCAGAAGAACAAUGGGAAGGAGAACAUAGGAAAGGCUGGGGAUUCAAUACAUAUCUCCCCAACAGUCCCUACAGUUCCUCUUGGGAAAAUAACAGAAUCCCUGAAAAAGAUUGACGCCAGACCCACCAUGGAGCACUGGAGUAGACCAGCCAGUAAGGAGACACAUCAGAACCAUGGGAAAGAUAAUGUAGGAAUGUCUGGGAAUUUGAGGAAUACCUCGCCUGUGGGGCCUGUAAAGGACACUACUGUGAAAAUAACUGAAUCCCUGCAGAAGAAGGAUGUCAGACCCUCCGAGGAGCAGCAUAAAGGACACUGCAGCAUGCUGGCCAGCAGGGAAAAGCAGCAGAACCUUGGGAAAGCGAUCAUAGGAAGGGCUGGGGUUUCUCGGCCUACUGUGGAGCCUGUGAAGGAGCAGGUGAUGGGGAUGCUGAAGAAAGACAACGGUAGGAGACUGGUGGAGCAGAGAGCUGUCUUCACUCUCUUCAAGAAGCUGGAGCAGACCAUGAGGGAGGAGAACCCCAGCAAGAGUCCUCUAGAGCUACCUGGAAACUACUUCUGCCCUCCUAGCAGAGAUGCACAAGUAGAGGCCAAGAGAAGAGAGAUAGAAUCCAUUUUAGGAACAUUGGACGCUGACCAGAUGUUUGGGGAGUCAAGGCAAGGUGGGCAAGAGGGACGAGACCUACAGAAUGUGUACACAGAGCCAGGGUCACCACCCAUAAACCCGGUCCCCAAACCCCAGCGCACCUUCCAGCAAUGUACCUUUCAGCAUCUCUCCAAAUUUGAAGCGAGGACCCGCUCAUUACCGAGACAUGGGAAAGGGCAGAGGAAUCUGCCCCCACUGCCUUCCAUCUUCCCUCCACCUCUGUCCAACCAGCCUUCCCCCAACAUCUACAGGAGACCCAGAACAGACAGACAAAGAGAUAGAGACAACCCCAAGAGGAAAUCAUUUGAGUUCGAGGACAUUCCAUCAUGUCAUCCACCUUAUCAUCAUUAUGAAAUUAUUACAGACUCUUCCAAGGAGAACCCAUAUGAGGACAUUGAGGUAUCCAGUCAUUGCUCAUCACAACCUUCUCUACCUUCCUCUCCUGGGUCAGAAUGCUCCAAGAUCUCCAGGCCUGGUUUCUUCAGACAGAACUCUGGUGGGAGUUGCAGUUUCAAGCUUCCAGAUCUGCGUAAGACCAACCACCACCGUAGUGAUAGUGGAGGAGUAGCAUCUCCCCCCCGGCUCAGCCCCCCGUCCACCCCUCACAGCGCAGAUGAGCUGCCCCACUGGCUGUCUGGAGGAGAUUCCUAUAACCCCGCCUGCAGGAGGAUACCAACAGAUGUGCUUAAAAUCAACAGCAUCUUCGAGGCUCGUGUUGGAAAGAAACAUCUGAGGAGGGUCUAUCACAUUGCUGAGACCAGCUCAGGGAGAGUCACAGAUGAAAAGACUGACUCAGAGAGUGAAACAGAGGACAGGGUUAAAGCCCAUCGGCAGCGUCUGUCCUCAGUCCAGUCUAUCCUGAGCCAGCCGGCUGAGGGUCAGUACUGUAACAAACACAGCUCUCUGGACCUCAACAGGAAUCUGAAGGAGCUACAUCAACGCCAGCUCUUUGAGUACUUUCUGGUUGUGGCGCUGCACAGCACCAAGGCUGGCGUCCACUACCUGCCGGAGGUCACACAGCAUUUUCCCCUCAAGCUGGAGCGGAGCUUCAAGUUCAUGAAGGAGACAGAGGACCAGCUAAGGAUCAUCCCCCAGUUCUGUUUCCCUGAUGCUAAGGACUUGAAGCCAGUAGAGAACUACCCCAGUGAAAUGUUCUCUUUUGUUUUGACUGGCGAAGAUGGAAGCAGGAAGUUUGGAUACUGUCGUCGUCUACUGCCCAGUGGGAAAGGAAAGCGUCUCCCUGAAGUCUACUGCAUCGUCAGCCACCUGGGAUGCUUCCACCUCUUCUCCAAGAUCCUGGAUGAGGUGGAGAGGAGGAGAGCCCUGUCUCCAGCCCUGGUCCAGCCCUUCAUGAGGGCCAUUAUGGAAGCUCCGUUCCCUGCUCCUGGCAGACCCAUCACCAUUAAAACCUUCCUGCCCGGAUCUGGUACUGCGGUAAUGGAGCUAUGUCGUCCGUCUGACUCUCGUCUGGAGCAUGUGGACUUUGAGUGUCUCUUCUCCUGUCUGAGUCUGCGUCUGCUACUCAGGGUCUUUGGUUCUCUCCUGCUGGAACGUAGGGUCAUCUUCACUGCAGACAAACUCAGUACUCUGUCUCAGUGCUGCCAUGCGGUGGUGGCUCUACUCUACCCGUUCACCUGGCAGCACACCUACAUCCCCGUACUGCCCCCUGCGAUGCUGGACAUAGUGUGUACCCCCACCCCCUUCAUCGUAGGGCUACUGUCCAGCUCCCUCCCUCAGCUCACAGAGCUACCCCUAGAGGAGGUGCUGGUGGUUGACCUUGGAAACAGUCGCUUCCUCAGACAGCUGGAUGAUGAGGACUCUAUCCUGCCUUCUAAACUCCAGUCAGCCCUAGAGACAGUCCUGGAGAGGAGGAGAGAACUGGCGCCAGAGCGAGGAGGAGACGGUCUUAAUGACUCUGGCCACCUCAGCACCGUUGUGUCCGAGGCCUUUGUGCGUUUCUUUGUAGAACUCGUCAGCCACUAUCCGCUCUUCAUCACCCAAAGGGAGGUUGAGGCCUCCUCCCCCAUCCCCUCUUCCUUCCAACGCGAGUCCUUCCGUAAGUCUGUGUCGUCUAAGAGUCUGAGGCAGUUCCUGGAGGUCUUCAUGGAGACACAGAUGUUUGGACUGUUCAUCCAGGAGAGAGAGCACCACAGACAGGCACUGAGAGGACUGUUUGAUGUGAGGUUGCAUGAGUAUUUGGACUCAAUUCAUGGUAAUGAGCAUCGCAGGGUUAACAAGUUCCUCAAAGGACUGGGAAAUAAAAUGAAAUUCCUGUCCAAAAAGUGAUCCCCUCUUCGACCGAUAAUCUGUUAAACCAGUAGUCUACAGCCAGAUGAAGAUGGGACUGGACACAUUAAUGACUGAAGAACCAAGAGACCGACUGACAAUGAGUUUGUUGUGACAGAGGCCAUGUCUAGACUUGACAGUUAAUGCAGUUUUUGUAUUCUGAUCAUGGAAUUUCGAAUAAAUAAUUACAUUUUAUAUAACUGUAUUUAAUCAGGGGGAAACGCAUUGAGACCUAGGUCUCAUUUGCAAAUGUGCCCUGGUAACAAUACAGAAAUACAAUUAUACACUAUUUAAAACACCAAAUUUAAUAAAUAGAAAAUAUUACAUAAACAAUCAAACAAAAACAAACACAUUUAUAUAUAAAAAUCCCCAGCCUUUCUCCUAAAUUGACCCAGAGACAACAGUACAUUCAAAUGAUUAUUCCACACGAUAGGGGCCUGGUAGGAAAAGGCAGAUUUACCCAACUCUAUGGAUACACGUGGAGUCUCCAGCAGUAACCAACCCUGUGACCUAAUGUUGUAAUCCGCAUUUCUAUAUUUCAACAAUGCUGUUAAGUAAAUUGGUAGUUUAUUGAGUAAGGCUUCAUAAAUAAAAACAGAAUAACGAAGUGACCUACGUGUUUUUAGCUAGGUCCAACCAACUUUAUGAUAAAGGAUGCAGUGGUGAGUGUCAAAACUGUCAGAUGUUAUAAAACAUGUGCUAUGAUCAAUUGUGUCCAAGGGCUUCAAAACACUGGUAGCAGCAUUCAUGUAUAUAAUAUCACCAUAAUCUAUAACAGGAAUAAAUGUAGCCUGAAUGAUCUGUUUUCUACUAUUUAAAAGAAAGGCUGGCCCUAUUCCUAUUAAGCCCAACUUAAAUAUUAAUUGCUUGAUUAACUCGUCAACAUGCUUUUUAAAAGAUAGCAUGCAUCUACACCUACAUUUAAAUGUGUCUACCGUGUCCACAUUGUGUUCUGGCUUGCAUUUAUGAGGCCAGCAAACGUUCCUCACACGCUAGAAACAUAGUUCCUCCAACGUUAUAAUGAAAAGGUAGCUAUCUCUGAACACAAUCAGACCACCUGUCUUUUCAAUCCGAUCCUCAUAUUCUGAUAGCAGAAGUCGCAUGUAAGUGUCAAGUGUAGACAUGCCCUCAGGGACACAUGAAGCCUGCAGUGUGUACAUGAUAGACUCAACAGAGAUAAUCCUGUAUACUGGGAGACUAUAUAGCACAGCCUGUAGAGAGACUGGUAUUGUACUAUAUACUGUACUUAUCCAGUCUAAAUUAUCCAAACUGCAUUUAAGAGGCCACAGGAGGGCAGUAGUUCAUUUGAUUUUAACAUGGCACUACAGUGUAUGUAUAAUGUAAUUGCUAUGAGUAUGGUUGAUUUGAUGAAUACAGAUACUUUGCCCUGACCAUUGUUCUUGUGAAUGAGACUCUGACCAGGACGCAAUCAGAUUGAGUGUUAGCCAGCAUUGACCGAUAUCCACAUAGCAAAUGUAUUGGUGGUGUUGGAGGUGUAACUGCAGAAUGAGCUGACAUAUCGGUGAGCGGCUGCUCGCGUGUCACAAACCACUCCAUUAUUUAUUAUACCUAUUGCGUUAGAAGUUCAAAACGGCGCUAGAAAGUGAAGGAUCAUCUAUCGAUCUUCGAAAUAAUGACUCUCAAAUGUCAAACCAUUGAUGUUAGGCUAAUGCAUGUUGUCAUGUUAAUUUGGAUUCGGAGAUUUAUGCCUAUCAAUAUCAUUUUAGUGUUUGGACUUGUAAAGUGGCUGUAUGGGAUUUGUCCUGCUGCCCUCUGACUGGAGAAUUAUUUGCGGACAAAACCAACGGCUUUUGUUUCCCUUGAAUUCCUUUGUUUAUUUCUGUGUUGUGUACAAUACAUGUCAGUACAGUGAGGGUCUAAAAAACGGACAACUUAAAAUCUACUGUAUGAAGUUGAAGAUGCAUACUCAUUCCUAGCAUGCAUGUUUGUCAGCCUACAUGUUCAACAGGCUACCUAUAUUUAGCUAGCAGGCUUAAAGUUGGCAGGAAGACGUCUAUGUGGCAGACUGAAGCUGUGCUUGUUUAGGAUGGCAGAAAGGCAGGGCAUUAUGCCACAUUCAUGUUAAGUUGGAAACUCAGGAACUCUGAGUUAAAAUGAACGUAAGUUAUUUGCGUAGAGCCUCCUAUUGGUUGAUUCUGGUAUCUCCCAAGUGGGAAACUCGGGAUCCAACUCUUCCUGCUAGGUUUGCAAGUCGGAAUUUUCAGAGUUUCCGACAUGACAUGAAUGCCGCAUUAGCCCUGGAUGGGUUAUGUCCAGGUCCAACACGACAGCUGUAUGGACAUCCAUCAGCUGUCACCCCAUGGACUCUCCACCUCUCCUCUCCUCCUACUCUCCAGAAACAUGGACAGUCCAACACCUAUCCCCAGCACCUUCCCUUAGCACCUACUACUUCAGUGGUUGGAGUCCUGAUUUGGAACUGGAUAUGUUUUAGUUCCAAUGCGCAUUGAGACAGAAACAGUUGAAAGGGUAUUAGGUUGUUUCACAGAAAUAGAUGGCAUUGGUAUUCAUAAACCUUGGAAUGUGUUUGGUUGGAACUUAAAAUUAAAA